AUGAAACACCUGCUGCUGGUCACCCUGUCUGCCCUGUUCUGCUGCUGGGUCUCAGCUGACACUAGAUGUCACUCCUGCUACAAGGUCCCCGUGCUGGGCUGUGUGGAUCGCCAGUCCUGUCGUCUGGAGCCAGGCCAAAAAUGCCUGACGACAAACGUGUACCUUGGAAAGAUGUGGGUUUUCUCUAACCUGCGCUGUGGCACACCGGAGGAGCCCUGUCGAGAGGCUUUCAACCAAACCAACCACAAGCUGGGCCUGAACUACAACACCACCUGCUGUGACCAGGACAACUGCAACAGCCCGGCUCCGAGGCCCACACCUGCGCUGGCCUUGGUCACCCUCGCCUCCGUGGCCGGCCUUGGCCUCUGGCUGUUACACUGAGAGUCACUCCACGGCUGCUCGCUUCCCAUCUGUCAGCUGAGUCUUUCUCCCCGUGCCCUUAGAACUCCAGCUCUCCAGAAUGUUCUCCCGACCCCUGGCUCCUUUCUUCUGAAGAUCAUUCCCCUAUUGUCCCAUUUAUUCCAUGGGACCGUGCCUAGAGUGGUCUUUCCAGCCGCUCGUCUCAGCUGGCAUCCUCCGUUUUAUACCAAGUCCUUCCCCACUUCCUUGGAGACCCCUCUGUCUCCUUCAUGGGCCACUGAAAGGGCCCCCUACCUGGAUGCACACCGGUGUGACCCUGGGAUGAGCUCCGGAAGUGCUACCGUCUUGUCUCCAGUGAGUGAUCCCAAAGGACCCGCUAACCUCGCUGCAUGGGGUUGAUUCAUCCAAACCUCUGCUCA